GCUGGCCAUGUCCUACUUCAGGUCUCCACAAACUCAUCUGGGUUUUCUGCCUUCUGGCCAAGGUGGGGCUGCUUCUCCGGGCUCCUCCCUUGGCCUCUACAGCCCUGCAGAGCCAGUGGUGGUGGCCCCUGGUGGGCGGGGCCCACUGAGCCAGAAAGCUGAGCAGCUGACAUCUGCUGCCCAGGCCUGGGGCCCAGCCCUAGCCAUGCAGGAAGCCAGGGGCUGCCCUGAAGGGGCUGGCUGGGAGCCACUGCGGAGGCGGAAGGAGUACAGCCCAUACUGCCACAGAUUCCCCCCCAUGAGGCAGCCGGAGAGCUUGGGCUGGGAGGAUGGCUGUUCCAGAGGCCGAGUGCCCCAGGUGGGUGGCCCCGGCCGGCCCAGGUCCCUGCUGCUGUGCGGGGUGUCACCAGGGGUUCUGCAGGUGCCCUCUGAGACAGGAGGGCAAGAGGCCAGCUCGCAGCCUGACAUCUGCAUCCUAACCUUGGCCAUGAUGAUCGCUGGCAUCCCCACCGUGCCUGUCCCAGGCCUGCGGGAAGAGGACCUGAUCCGGGCAGCUCAAGCUUUCAUGAUGGCCCAUCCAGAGCCAGAGGGAGCUGUGGAAGGCAUGCGGUGGGAGCAGGCACCCGCCCACACGGCCUCUGGGCAGAUGCCCCUAGUGAGACCCAGGAGGGGCCCGCCUCCUGGCUCCUGCUUGUAGCUGGAUGAAAUAGCACCAGACACAUAGGGUGGCUUUUCCAUAUGGUUUUUGGCGGUGCCUAUGGCAGGGAUGGGGACAGGGUGGUUGUUUGAGCCACUUGACCAACACCAGUCCUUCAUGAGGGCCCAGACCCCAGGAACUUUCUGCAGAUACUGCUAGGCCAGGAGAUGGGUCUUGUCAGAGUAGUUACAAGUAAAAUUACCUGUGGUAUAGGAGGCCUUGCUUGGAGAGUGGAGGCUUUUAUAUCAUUUGGGAGACUCAAUCAAAAUGUCUUAUACAACGUCCUGAGCUAGGCAAUGUAAAUUUCCCUUUAGCUUUAAAUUUUCCAGCCUGUUGAGGGCAGAUGGUGGGACCACAGGUAAGGAAGGGAAAUGAGCACUUAAUUGAGUACCCACUGGGCAUCAGGCCCAGUACAUGCCCACUGUCCUUUGAACCUAAUAACCCUGUGGGGAUCCCCAUUUUUACAGAUGAACAAAUUGAGGCUUAGAGUGACUUGCCUGAGAUCAGUUAGCUAGUAAAAGGCUGAACCAAAAGUCAGGCAGGGGAAGAACCAGGAUUUGCACAUAGUGUCUGACUCCUUAGUCUAUAUUCUUUCCAGGAUAUACCCAGAACAAAAAAACUAAACAACAUAAGAGCUGGAAUGUGCUGCAU